UCUGGGCUUUUGCUCUCAUAUGUUUUUUCAGAUUUUACAGACAGAAGCUUUUUACUUUAGACUUUGGUUGACAUUAACAACAAAAAUGAAACGUUUACUGGCACUCCUGUGUCUGCUGGAGUCUCUUUUGCAAACAGUGACUGGAUACACCGUCCUGCCUUCUGAGUUCCAUCUGAAAGGAGAUUAUAUGGUGGGAGGACUUUUUAAUGUUCAUCAUGAUGGUAACCCUGUUCCUUAUGGGAGACCAGAAGCUAUUGAAUGCUCCAGCAAAGAACUUCUGCUGUCGAGUUAUCGGAGGUUUCAGGUGAUGAGAUUCGCAGUUGAGGAAAUCAAUAACUCCACCGACCUCCUGCCAAAUGUUUCUCUUGGCUACGACAUAUUUGACCACUGCUCUGACUCGCGCAGUUUCCCGGGUAUUUUCAGCCUCAUCUCAGUCAACAGCUCAAUCCGACCGAACAACGUGUCCAAAAUGUUAGAAGUGAUCGCAGUGGUUGGUGCUUUUACAAGUCCAGAGACACGGACUGUGGCGCCGCUAUUCAUGAUGGAUCUCAUUCCCAUGGUCAGUUACGGAGCAGCUAGUUCUAUUUUUUCAAGAAAACUUAAUUUCCCUUCUUUUCUACGAACAGUGCACCCCAAUAAAGACGUCAUAGAGAUUAUAUAUAGGAUGUUAGUGCACUUUAACUGGCGAUGGGUUGCUUUCCUUAACAUUGAUAAUGAUUAUGGCAACGACGGCCGGGAUGUGUUCAUACAAAUGAUUGAAGGUACAGACAUCUGCCUGGCAUAUACCAGAGGGCUGGAUGAAAAAACGAAUUACACCCCCAUCUUCAAACAGUUAGAGACGCAGCAGAUAAAUGUCAUUAUUGUUUUUGCUCCUGAAUGGACGGCUGAGGACCUCAUCAUGUCAGCAAUAGAACAGAACAUCACAAACAAGGUGUGGAUAGCAGGGGACGCCUGGGCCUUAAACAAGAGGCUUCCCAAGGAGAAAGGAAUCAAAAAUAUAGGAACUGUCCUCGGGGUUUCUGAACCAAAAAUAACCAUACCUGGUUUUAAGGACUUUAUCUAUUCGUCAAAAGGCCAAAGUGACAACAACAAUGAGGAACAACAGAGGCUUUGUAAUCAGGUUUGCAACUGCAGUGGCCUGAUGCCAGAAAACAUCACCAGUGCGGAGUCAUCUUUCUCUUUUCCAGUUUAUUCGGCCAUUUACGCCAUCGCUCACGCCCUGCACAACACGCUGCAGUGUGGAAGUGGCGAAUGUAAUCGAAAUAUUACACCGUACCCACAUGUGAUCCUGAAAGAACUGAAGAAGUCCAAAUUCCCCCUUUUAAACCACAGUAUUCAGUUUGAUGGCAACGGAGACCCCACAUUUGGAUAUUAUUCUGUUGUUUUCUGGAACCAAAGAGGUGAUGCAGAGGAAGUUGGCUUUUACAAAUUUGAUCCACUGUGCGACUUCUUUGUCAACGACAGCAAAAUCCAGUGGUAUGAAAAUGAAACUGUGCCUUCUUCACUGUGUUCUAAAUCGUGUAAAAAAGGAUACAAAAAAAAACCAGAUGGGCCCCAUAAAUGCUGUUUCAAAUGUGAAAUCUGUCCAGAGGGAACGUAUGUCAACACCACAGUGGAUCCAUACCGUUGCAUCAAAUGUAACGACAAGACAGAAUGGUCUUUAAAAGGAAGUAUAUCAUGUAAUCGUCGAGUUGAGGAGUACGUCCAGUUCACAGAAACAGCAGCUAUAUUCGUCAUGAUUGGGACCUGGGCCUUCGUUGGAUUCACAGUAGCUGUGUCUGUGCUCUUUGCCAUCAACUACAACACACCAGUUGUCAAAUCAGCUGGAGGACCGAUGUGUUUCCUCAUUUUAACCUGCCUCAUUCUGUGUAGUAUUAGUGUGUUCUUCUAUUUUGGUGUGCCAACUGAUUCUUUUUGUGUCUUGAGGUAUGUGCCGUUUCUUCUGUUUUACACCGUCUGCGUGGCUUGUUUUGUUGUGCGAUCUUUUCAGAUUGUUUUCAUCUUCAAAAUAGCCGCCAAAUACCCUAAAUUCCACAGUUUGUGGGUCAAAUAUAAUGGACAAUGGUUGUUCAUUACAGCGGUAUUUCUUAUUCAGUUACUUCUAGUUGUUUUUGUGUAUUCUUUUGCACCUCCAAAGGCUCACAGUAUAACAUCCUGGUACUUUGAUAAACUUAUGCUUGUCUGUGAUGUGAGUCUAAAGAUGUCCUCUGUUUCUCUUCUGUUUCUUACAUUGUUGUGCUUACUUUGCUUUAUUUUCUCCUACAUGGGCAAAGACCUUCCUAAAAACUACAACGAGGCCAAAUCGAUAACCUUCUGUCUGCUCCUGCUGAUUCUCACCUGGGUCAUCUUUGCCACUUUCUACUUCGUUUACCGCGGAAAACACAUCCAGACUCUGAAUGCUCUGGCAGUGCUCUGCAGCCUCUACUCCUUUCUGGUCUGGUAUUUCAUGCCAAAAGUCUAUAUUAUCAUUUACCAACCUCAGAAAAACACACAGCAGUACUUUCAAGACCUCAUUCAGAGUUAUACCAAAGCAAUUAGCCAGUCAUAAAAAGAUCAUUAGGCUUUUUUAGAGUUAAAACUCUAAGGGCCACUUUACAAGUUAUUUACAAAACAGACAACAGUAUGUACAGUUUGCUGGGAAAGUGUCUAAUUGUUUAAAAAUUUAAUGUGGAGUUCCACAAGGCUCUGUUCUGGGGCCAAAAUUAUUAAUUUUAUAUAUUAACAACAUAUGUGAUAUAUCAAAGGUAAUGCAGUUUAUUUUGUUUGCGGAUGAUUCAAGCUUUUUUUGCUCAGGAGAUGAUUUAAAAACAUUAGUACAGAAAACAGAGAAUGAGAUGGUUCAACUCAAAAAAUGGUUUGAUAUAAACAUAUUAUUUGUGAAUUGGAAUUCAACUAAGUUUAUGGUGUUCACAAAUAGAAAAAAGGAAGAACAUGUUUCAUUGUCUAUUAAUGGUGUUACGAUUGAGAAGGUUUCAGAAAUUAGUUUUUUGGGUGUAAUAGUGGACGAUAAAUUAACAUGCCAUAUUUGAGAUAGUGUAUUGAAGUAUGGGGCAACACAUAUAUGGGUAACACAAAACCAUUGUUUUCAUUACAAAAAAGAGCAGUAAGAAUCAUGUAUAAUGUUAAUUUCGGGAACAUACACAUGAGUUGUUUAUUAAAUCAGGAUUGUUUAAGUUUAAAGAGUUAGCUGAAUUAAGGAUAUUG